GUCUUUUAGGAACCAAAAGAUGGCUGCUGCCCAGAAGCAUGUGCUGCGUGUGUAUGUUGCACGAGACACCGCCCUGAAACUUACUCUACUUGAGCGACCAAAGUCAGUGGAAGAGCUGAAAGAAAUAAUGCAAGAGAGGUUCAAGCCGAGACUGGAUGGGGACUUUAGCCUACACUAUGAGGAUCCGGACUUUGAUGGUGAUCUUUGUCUUCUUUUGGACAUCCAGGAGUUACCAGAGAAGGGUACAUUGAGAGUCGUUAGACCUGAAGGUGACACCUCAUCUACUGCAUCUUCUGACACAGACAUACUCCCACAUGUACCUGCGUUACAGCGCCAGAAGAGUUGGCCUGAUCUCUUUGUUGUUCCUGGUUUUGGUUAUGAAAUGGAUCUUAUACUAGAAGAAGGAAAUCGUGUUUAUGAGGAAUCAGCAAAAUUGCAGAAGUUAAACAGGUCACAGAAGAGUGACAUCCUUAAAAAAAUGGCAGAAACGAUCUUCAGUUUUAAACCAUACCCACAUGACAAGGAAUUGGCAAUGGCUGCUCAAGCUUUGAUUACAGCUCAUCCAUGUCUCAGAAUGACGGCUGGUGAAGACGGGGAGUUGGGAUGGAAACGUCACAUAGGGUACAAGGUUGCAUCUUACCGUAACAAUCUGGCCAAAGCAGGGGUUGCAGAAGUAGCCAUCAACACAGGGAGGCGGAGCCGAAACAACCCCGACAAUGAUCAUCCCCAUCGAAACAUAAAGAAAGCUCGAAAAGCUGAGGUCAACUACAUCAUCAACUUACCGAAGGAUCAAACCCCAGCCACUCUGGAAACAAUGAGAGAAGAAAUCAUACAUGAAGUCGAAAAGACUGAGAGAAACCAAUUAGUCAUAGGCAAGCUCAUGAACACAACCUAUGCCCUUCGUCGCCAAGAAAUCGUUGCAGCUGUUGUAGCUCCACGGGUGAGAGACGUCAUGGACAGAUGGCCAGCCCUACUUAUGGAGUCACAGGUGUUUGCAGAGUUCCACCGAAUCAACAAUGUUAACCUGCGCAAUCAGUUCUACAAGGAGCUGGACAGACACACGCCUAAACUCAUCACCUUGUUCAGAGACAAGGCCACCAAGACUGGCAAGACAGCGGAGGAGCUAGCCAAGCUCAUGAGGAUUUAUGAUCUUCAGGAACAACGUGAUGUAAAUAUGAGACGGGCCCUCGUCCUUCGUGCACUUCCUGUGUACCUGCGUGAAGAUGCCUCCAAGUUCUUCAGGACCUGUAAUUCAGCAGAUGGUCCAGACCUCACUGACACUCCAGUGGCUCUCCUGACAGUCGUCACGGAUAACACUACUGAUGCGGCCCUCUUCAGCCCUGAGCGCAUCUGUAUUGUCGUGGAGGAUGAAAUGCUUGUGAGUGGUCCCACAAAUCUGGCUGACUCAUUUCUCCUGCUAUUUGGGUGCAGAGAGUGUCUUCCUGAGGAGUGGUUCUGUGGGGACUGUGAUGUAUUGCAUCACAAAAAACAGCCACUCCACAACAGGGAAUGCGUGAUUCGUGGUUUUUUUUGA